AUGAAAAAAGGACAUUGGGUAGAUUUAUGUGAGACUUUUUGGAGGUAAUUAAUAGAUUUACGAUUCAGUGGCAAUUAAGUUACUUUAAGAGGAGAAUAUAAAAAUUGGAAGAAAAGUGGAGAAUGGAAUAUGAUGUCGCAAAGAAAAAAAUUGUAAUUAUACUUUAUUAUAAAUUAUCAAAAUCAGUCGUUGUAAUUUAUAUAAUGA